ACGAUACGACGGACGUGACACGGAAACAGCUGUACAUAUUUGUAUUGUAUUAAAAUUGCAAAUUAUUGAAAAGACUAAUUUACAGAUAGCUUAUUUGUUAUAAAAAAUAGUGUUGAGACUGCAAUUGCUGUCAUUACUUGGUGAUAGUGUAUAUAAAUAGCGUCAGUGUUUUUUAUUGUGGAUACGCAGUUUGUCAUGUCAAGUGAAAAGUCUGUACCACAAGAAACAAGUAUGGGUAUGGGGAGUUCACAAUCGCAAGCCCUUCAGACCGCAGACGACGAUAAUUUGAAGUCAUGUUGGGUGUGCUUCGCCACGGAGGCCGACGACAAAUUGGCGGCCUGGGUGCAGCCUUGCAAAUGUAUUGGAACCACUAAAUGGGUCCAUCAGAGUUGCCUCCAGCGCUGGGUCGACGAGAAACAACGAGGGAACAUAACCAGAAAAGUGCUCUGUCCACAAUGCAAAGCGGAAUACAUAGUUGUGUUCCCGUCCAUGGGCGCUUUCGUGGCCUUACUCGACGCCGUUGAAGAGAUCACCCACAAAAUAUGCCCAUUCAUCGCCGGAGGAGUCCUUUUAGGGUCCAUUUACUGGAUUGCUAUUACUUACGGAGCAGUAACUGUUAUGCAGGUGGUCGGGCACCGGGAAGGCCUGGAGAUGAUGGAGUCUGCUGACCCGCUGGUCUUGCUGGUCCUACUGCCCACCAUUCCGGUCACACUCAUCAGCGCCAAGAUGUACAACUGGGAGGACUCCGUGCUGCUCUUCCUGAGGAAGUACUGCGCGAAGAUACCUGCACUGGCUUACAUAUUGCCUUUUGGAGGAGUGGAAGGCGACAGAGGCGCCAUAGUGUCAGGUCAGAACAACAGCCAGAAUCCAAACGGCAACUCUCACCUCUCUCCAACGCGAAUAUUCUGCUCAGCCCUCCUCCUACCAACCAUCUCCACAAUCAUCGGCAAGAUAUUCUUUCGAUCCAUACAAAACAACCUACACAGAACCAUCCUAGGCGGUCUAACAUACAUAACUAUAAAAGGCGCUCUCAAAAUAUACCACAAACAAAUGCUAUAUAUAAGACAUUCCAGUCGAAAGAUACUUGACUACACCGAGUCGAAUUUGAAGCUUUAUAGGACUGUGACUACCACCAAUACUUCGGACGCGGUGUCCAGCACGAGAGAUGACACGGAGCAAACGGUUUAGAUCGCAUACACGUAUGAGUAUUGUUGUAUACGUAUUGUAAAUAAAGGAAUUAGGAUGAUUUGAAGGAUUUACGCCUAUGACAAUGUUGUAUGGUAAAAUGGGACGAGAU